AUGCAUUUUUUCAAGAUAUUCCACUCCUCCAUCGUCAGAGACAAACGGCUGGAACUUCCAAAAGAAUUUGCCAGAAAGUUUGGAGAAGAGCUGUCUGAGUCUGACCAUGCAAUCAUCCAGAUACCCAAUGGUAUCUGGCAUAUAGGAAUGAAGAAAGCUGAAGGUUUAGUUCUGUUUGAGAAUGGUUGGCCAGAAUUUAUGGAGUUUUACUCUAUUUGUGUUGGACAUCUUAUGGUUUUCAGAUAUGAUGGGAAUUCGAGGUUUCAGGUUCAUAUAUUUGGCAUGAAUGCUACUGAGAUAAAGUACCCAUCUCAUUUUGAAAGUACUAAUCAUGAAGUCGAAGUGAUUUCAACUCAUUCUGACGAUGUUGAAUUGAUUUCAGCUCAUCCAGCUGCAAUUGAAAUAAUUUCAGUGCAUUCGGAUAGUAGUACUAGUACUCAAAGUGACGGCGAACCUUCCUUGUCUACCCUUAGUGUGUUUGCAUCGAAUGAAGAUAAUCACAAUCAGAUAGUUGAAUCUGCUAGGCCUAUGUGUGAGUUGCCGCAACCAUACCAACUACAAAGAGCGUUUUCCAGUAAGUCUAGGCCUCAAAGAUCCUGUACUGCAGCAUUCCUGGCAAGCCAAUUACAAGAAAGUGCACUUAAAGCAGCUGCAAAGUUUACAUCUGAUAAUCCGUCCUUUAAGGCCAUUAUGCGGUCCUCUUAUUUAAAAAGAGGGACCCUGGGGGUACCUAAUGCUUUUGGGACCUCAUAUUUGAAAAACAGAACACGGUUGGCGGUCACUCUUAUGGUUUCAGAUGGGAAAACCUGGGAAGCCCGAUACCUUUCUCGAGUGAAAGGUAGGAGAAGCCUAUCAGGGCUGGGUAAAUUCGUCUCAGAUAAUCAUUUGAGGGAGGGGGAUGUAUGUGUAUUUGAACUAGUUGACAGGAUUAAGUUCAAGAUUAAUGUUCACAUUUUUCGAGUCUCACAAGAAAUAAUUUCAAUACAUUCCGGUGGUAGAACCAAAGGUGAACCUUCCAUGUCUACUCUUGUGGAGUUUGCAUCAAGUGAAGGCCGUCCUAAUCAGGAAGCUGAACCUGCUACACAUGAAUUUCCUCAAGCAUCCCAGAAAAGAAAAGCAUUUUCCAGUAAGUUCACUCAUAAGAGAUCUUAUACUAUGGCACUCCAAGCAAGCCAAUUACAAGAAAGUGCACUUGAAGCAGCUGAAAAGUUUACAUCUGAUAAUCCCUUCUACAAGGUCCUUAUGCGUCCCUCUUAUGUAAGAGGAGGCUACGUGAGAGUACCUAUGGUUUUUGCAAAACAAUAUUUGAAAAUUACAACGCAGAUGGCAGUCACUCUUGGGGUUUCAGAUGGGAGGACCUGGGAAGUUUUGUAUCUUGCUCGAGCACAACAUGAUAGAAGGCUAUCUCAGGGUUGGCCUAAAUUCGUUUCAGAUAAUCAUUUGAAGGAAGGCGAUUUAUGUGUUUUUGAACUGGUUGAUAGGAUAAAUAUAGAGAUGAAGGUUCACAUUUUCCGAGUCUCACAAGAAAUAAUUUCAAUACAUUCGAGUAGUGGUACUCAAACCAAAUAUGAACCUCCCAUGUCUACCCUUGUUGAGUUUGCAUCGAGUGAAGGCCGUGUUAAUCAGAAAGCUGGACCUGCUACACAUGAAUUUCGGGGAGCAUCUCAAAAACAAAAAGCUUCCAGUAAGUUUACUCCUAAGAGAUCUUAUACUGCGGCAUUUCAGGAAAGCCGUUUACAAGACAGUGCAGUUGAAGCAGCUAAUGAGUUUACAUCUGAUAAUCCGUUCUACAGGGUCCUUAUGCAAUCGUCUUAUCUCAAAGCAGGCUAUGUGAGGGUACCUAUGGAUUUUGCAACCUCAUAUUUGAAGUACAGAACACAGAUGGGGGUCAUUCUUAGGGGUUCAGAUGGCAGAACCUGGGAAGUUGAAUAUCUUUCUCGAACACAUGGUAAUAGAGGGCUAUAUCAGGGCUGGGCUAAAUUCAUUUCAGAUAAUCAUUUGAAGGAAGGGGAUAUAUGUGUUUUUGAACUAGUUGAUAGGACAAAUGUGGAGAUGAAGGUUCACAUUUUCCGAGUCUCACAAGAAAUAAUUUCAGCACAUUCGAGUAGUGGUACUCAAACCAAAUAUGAACCUCCCAUGUCUACCUUUGUUGAGUUUGCAUCGAGUGAAGGCCGUGUUAAUCAGAAAGCCGAACCUGCUACACAUGAAUUUCCCCUAGCAUCCCGGAAACGAAAAGCAUUUUCAAGUAAGUUUGGUCAUAAGAGAUCUUAUACUACGGCAUUCCAGGCAAGCCAAUUACUAGAAAGUGCACUUGAUGCAGCUGAAGAUUUUACAUCUGAUAAUCCUUUCUACAAAAUCCUUAUGCGACCCUCUUAUGUAAAAGGAGGCUACGUGGUGAUUCCCAAGGCUUUUGGGACCUCAUAUCUGAAAAAAAGAGUGCGGAUGGUGGUCACUCUUAGGGUAUCAGAUGGGAGAACCUGGAGAGUCCGGUGCGUUUCUCGAUCACGGAAUGCUACCAAGCUAUCUCUAGGCUGGAAUGAAUUUGCUACAGAUAAUCAUGUGAAAGAAGGCGAUUUAUGCGUCUUUGAACUUGUUGACAGGAUAAAUUUCGAGAUGCUUGUUCACAUCUUCCGAGUAUGAACAUGGUACUGGAGAAACACACACGCGUACUAUACGCAUAGUUACUCAGUACUUGUAGCAGUCUUAGGGAGAACUGCAGUUUUGUAACUGGUUAUAGUAAAGUAGGCUUCCAUUUGGGCAGUACAGUGGUAGUGGUAGGUAAUGAACUUGAUCUGAUAUGUAGAAAUGGCAAUGAGUUGCUCCAUGUAGGUCUUCCCAGUGAAGCAGAACAACUCAAAAACAUUCCCUUUUUUGU